UCAAAAGUAUUUUAAUCUUGCGUGAUAUUUCAGGUUUUAUUUAUCACGGAAAUUCGAAAAUAACAAAUAGAAAAUAUAUGUUGUGAAUAAGUCUGAGAAUUUGAAUAACAUUAAUUAUAAGAUAUAGAUAAUAGAGACUCUUUUAUGUCAGCAGAGCUUUCCAUGCAGAUCUUUAUGUUAUCUGCAUUGUUUAAUUUCAACUUGUAGACUGAGGCGAAUAUAACACAACUUAAGAUUGAACAAAAUGGCUCAUUCUGGAGUAGUUCCUAGUGGAAAACGAAAGGAAAUUUAUAAAUACAUUGCCCCAUGGCCUUUGUAUAGUAUGAAUUGGUCUGUUAGACCAGAUAAAAGGUUUAGACUUGCUCUUGGAAGUUUCGUUGAGGAGUAUAAUAAUAAAGUACAAAUUGUUUCUUUGGAUGAAGAUAGCAGUGAAUUCACUGCUAAAAGCACUUUUGAUCACCCCUAUCCUACAACAAAGAUAAUGUGGAUUCCGGAUAGUAAAGGGGUAUUUCCUGAUUUAUUAGCGACUAGUGGCGACUAUUUAAGAGUCUGGCGAGCCGGUGAACCUGACACAAGAUUAGAAUGUGUACUUAAUAAUAAUAAAAAUUCUGACUUCUGUGCACCAUUAACUUCUUUUGAUUGGAAUGAAGUAGAUCCAAACUUAGUUGGAACUUCAUCCAUUGAUACAACAUGCACAAUUUGGGGUCUGGAGACAGGCCAGAUCUUAGGACGAGUGAAUUUGGUUUCAGGACAUGUGAAAACUCAAUUAAUAGCCCAUGACAAAGAGGUCUACGAUAUAGCAUUUUCAAGGGCUGGUGGUGGAAGAGAUAUGUUCGCAUCAGUUGGAGCGGAUGGAUCAGUGCGUAUGUUUGACUUACGUCAUCUGGAACAUUCCACUAUAAUUUAUGAGGAUGCUGCUCAUACUCCAUUGCUUCGUUUAGCUUGGAAUAAACAAGAUCCUAAUUACCUUGCGACUAUUGCUAUGGAUGCUUGUGAGGUGGUAAUACUCGAUGUGAGAGUGCCUUGUACACCUGUGGCCAAACUGAAUAACCACCGAGCUUGUGUUAAUGGAAUAGCUUGGGCCCCUCAUUCCAGCUGCCACAUAUGUACGGCUGGGGAUGACCAUCAAGCCCUGAUUUGGGACAUUCAACAGAUGCCAAGAGCGAUUGAAGAUCCCAUUUUAGCGUAUACUGCUGCAGAGGGCGAAGUUAAUCAGAUACAAUGGGGUGCCACACAGCCUGACUGGAUCGCUAUUUGUUACAACAAAUCCCUGGAAAUUUUAAGGGUUUAGGUUUAUUCUUUUGAGUAUGGGUCUCAUUGCACUUCAUGUUGAUUUUUCAUGCUAUUCUUGUGAAAAAAUUUACUGGGAAAAAGCUGGGGAUUUAAGUAUGAAAACAUAUUUUAUUGGUAUGUAUCCCUAGAUAACAUAAUAAGUAAGGAUAAGUCUUGGAGGAGUGGGGGAAUUCCGAAUAAUAUGAAAGAUUCCACUAAAAAAAUAUUAUUAGUAUUAUAUCGUUGGAGACAAGUAAUCAAUUGAUACUUAUUAUAGCAGUUAUUUGAAAUGAAAUCUUUGAAUGUUCUUGGCAUUGGAGAAUGUAAAAUUGUCAUAACUAUCGAUAGACUUCUAAUAAAAUGACGGUAUAGUCUUAGAGUAAUUGGAGAAGAAUAAGCUCUUUAAUUUUUAUUCACAAAACUGAAAAUGAUGUGGAGUACUUGCUUUAAGCCCAUUAGGGGUACUUUUUGGUUUGGUUUCUGUUCUCGGGGAGAGAAUACUGAAAUACGUUUUUAUAAGUAUAAAAGAACUCUUAGUAUGUUGCUGUAAAUAGUCAUCAAAACCAAUGAUAGACAAAGAAAAGUAAGAUAUCUUCUAAUUAAUAACCGAAACGAAUGUAUGAUCUUUUUGGAACCAAUUCUGGUUGUAUACUGAUUGAAUGAAGUGCAGUUUUUACUGAGUGAGUGUGAAUUCUGAGAGUAUGUGAUAUAUUUAUUUCUAAUAUAAUUUAUUUCAGUGAAAUACAUUUUUAUAGAUUAUUGUCCAAUAAAUUAUAGGAAAAUA